GUAUCAGACAGGAGAAACAGGUUUUUAUUGGAAUUAAAUUCAAAACUAAUACAGAUCAUCACAACUCUUUUUGCGCAUUAAUCUGCUGUAUGACCGACUUUUUAUUUUUAUUUUUAUUAAAUGAGCCACAAUGUGUCACCAAACUGCACAGGUCAUUGAAAUGAUAGGAUAUGAUUCAUAUACACUAAUAUUACACAGUUAUUACAGCUUCAGUCCCAAAUGUAUUUAGGAAAGUUUAAUGACAAAAAAGAGUUCAAUUAAACUAAAAUAUUUUAAAAUAUAGGGACAAAAUAGCUACAAAACAACAUAUUUUGUCCUGAUUAACAAUAACUUGUUUACAGUAAGGACUUUACAGACAACAAAACUAAAGACAUUUAAUCAUGUAUUUAUAAGCUGCCUGUCAUGUAAAGUAAAACCAUGAAGUAAAACAGCAGCUUAAUGUAAGCCAGGAAUAAAAUAAAUAAAAUAAACUUACCGUAAUCUGUGAUGAAAUAAAACACAUGAAACAAAACGUCCACAGGUAGGACAGAUUUAUGGGUAGCACAGAACACCAGUUCUGGUUUCACCAACAGCUGGAGUUCCUCCACUGGGUGUCAAGGUGGGGCCCUUCAGGGCUCCGUCUCGGGCCCUCCUCCUGGGUGUCUGGUUGAGGUCAGAAGGUCAGAGGUUCUCCUGGCUGAUUGGUCUGGUUUGGUUGAGAAAUGUUCCAGGGUUCGUCUCUAGAAUCAAACACAGUGCAACUUUCCUGACAUGAGGUCCAACAGGACCUUCCUCCUCAGGAACCAGCUCAACCCACACCAGAUACCAGUCUGACCACUUCCUGUCCCAACAUCAGAAUCAUCAGCAGUUCUGACCAGUUUUCCUUCAUUAAUCUGGAAAACAGGAAGUUCUGCUGCUGGCAGGUGUGAGCCAGAUGGCGAAGGCAGACCAACGCUACGGCCAGCGGGAUGGAUCCGACCAGAACUUUGACUACAUGUUCAAGCUGCUGAUCAUCGGGAACAGCAGCGUCGGGAAGACGUCGUUCCUGUUCCGCUACGCUGACGACUCGUUCAGCAACUCCUUCGUCAGCACCGUCGGCAUCGACUUCAAGGUCAAGACCGUUUACCGCAAUGACAAGCGGAUCAAGCUGCAGAUCUGGGAUACCGCGGGGCAGGAGCGCUAUCGCACCAUCACCACAGCUUACUACCGAGGAGCCAUGGGCUUCAUCCUCAUGUAUGACAUCACCAACGAAGAGUCGUUCAAUGCGGUCCAGGACUGGGCCACCCAGAUCAAGACGUAUUCGUGGGACAACGCCCAGGUCAUCAUGGUGGGCAACAAGUGUGACAUGGAUGAGGAGAGAGUGGUACCACCUGAGAAAGGAAAACACCUGGCAGACCAGCUAGGGUUUGAGUACUAUGAGGCGAGCGCCAAGGAGAACAUCAAUGUGCGUCAAGUUUUUGAGCGUCUGGUAGACAUCAUCUGUGUAAAGAUGUCUGAACGUGUGGACGUGGAGGCACCAGUAGCUCCUGGAUCUAAGACCACCAGACUGACCGACAAGCCUGCCCAGCUACCUCAGAAAUGCUGCUGAUCAUCGGUCCACCUCCCCCCACCCUGAGUUGUAGGUAAAAUAAAAAGAUCCAAUAUUCCGACUGUUGACACAUUCCUCCACACCCGCUCUGCUUCAGUCCAUGUUUGUGAGCCGUCAGUUAUCACUCCUGCUGACAUCCAGGAAACCGCUUCGUCCGUAUACCUGAGGCCAGCUGACCGCUGGAGGUCCCGUCCCGCCUUAACCUGGCCGGUCCAUUGGUUCUGCAUUCAAAUGACAGUAGAGUAUCAGUUUAGGACAGCCCACAAUGCCACCUGCAGACCGUACAGAUGAGUAGCACUUGGUGGCUGCUGUCAUUUUGUGACCGCACCGUCAAGAUUUUAGCGUUUCUACUGAACCGCUGGAACGUCCUGAACCCCGAUGCAACCAGAACGUCCGGCUCCAGUUAAAGCCAGGAUGAGGCUGACAGCAGAAAACCUUCCAACACCUGAUCGGCCCAAUGAGCUCCACUCUGCUCAGGAGAACAACGAAGGAGGCGAAACACCGAGAGGUACAACUACAGGUCCAUAUGAGUCACCUGCAUACCUGUCAAGUCUCCUGUGCUGGCUAGCGUUCUUUUACCCAAUUUUCCCAUAUUAUGCUCCACCCCCGCUCUGACCUCUGACAGUAGCACCGGACGGAGACAUUUCCCAUACUCUCAACUUCUAGACUUGACAAGUAUGGUCACCAGCUGAACAUUGACUCAUCGUUCAACGAGUCACCUGCCAAGCCAUGAGUCCUCGUUAACUGGAAUCACCUGCUGAACCUUGAACUCAGCUCUGAUUAAUCUCCAUCUGACCUCCAGCAUCCAGACUCAUCAUGUAAAGAGAUAGAAAAGUCGGUCCAGACCCAAGUCAGUCCACCGCAGUUUUAGCUGAAGUGGGUCAGAUCAUUCCAGACUGUUCAGCUCAGGAAAGAACAGUUCCGGCCAGUUCAUCCGGUUCAUGGUCCAUCCCGCUCCAGUCCGGUCGGGUCCGGACGGUUCCUCUCAGCCUGCAGCCGAGCCUCAGGCUGGCGUCACUCUGAAGCUGUUUUUAGUCACUCAAUGGAGCGUGAAGAGGCUCCGCCCCCUUAGCAGGUGUCGUCUUGUAGCCACCAUGUUUACAGUGUGUUUCACAUGAUCAGGUGUGAGUGUGAUGUCGUUAAAUAUAAUUACCAUGAUAUUAUUAACCUGUCCAGCUGUAGGGGUUCCUCCAUCUCCCCCGUUGAGAAUAAACGAAUAAAUAAUAUUGUGUUAUUUUGAGGUGAAACUGUAAAUGAUAGAGUUAGAGCUAAAUAUACUGUUGUUGAGUAUGAACUUAUUUUUAUGACUAAUUCUGUGAACUUGUUGUCUUACGGUUUGCUCCAAGCACAAAGUGAUUGUACAAAAUAUUGUGAAUGUUUGUAUAUUGUAGAUGAUUCUUAGUAUAAUAAAAACCACAG